UGUGCCCAAGCGCCUGCUCUGCUACUGCUGCUCCUUGUCCAUUCUCUUCUCCUCCUCCUCCGACUUUUCGCGAGUUGUAUGGGGAAUGCGGACGUGCCGGCGGUGACGGAGUUCGCGCGGCGGGUGCCGGUUCCUCCGGUGCGGCCGUUCCUGGACACCUUCAGGGCGAACCUGAAGGAGACGUUCUUUCCGGACGACCCUCUCCGGCAGUUCCGCCACCAGCCGGCGCGGCGGAAACUCGUGCUCGGCAUCAAGUACUUCUUCCCCAUCUUUGACUGGGCUCCCACCUACACCUUCUCCUUCUUCAAGUCGGACCUCAUCGCCGGCAUCACCAUUGCCAGCCUCGCCAUCCCCCAGGGCAUCAGCUACGCCAAGCUCGCCAACCUCCCUCCCAUCCUCGGCCUCUAUUCGAGCUUUGUGCCGCCGCUGGUGUACGCCAUGAUGGGCAGUUCGCGCGACCUGGCCGUCGGGACGGUGGCCGUCUCGUCGCUCUUGAUCGGCUCCAUGCUUUCGAACGAGAUCUCCCCGACGGAGGAGCCGUCACUCUACCUGCACGUCGCGUUCACCGCCACCUUCUUCGCCGGCCUCUUCCAAGCCGCCCUCGGCUUCCUCAGGCUCGGUUUCAUAGUGGACUUCUUGUCGCACGCAACCAUAGUGGGGUUCAUGGCAGGGGCCGCCACAGUGGUGUGUCUUCAGCAGCUCAAGGGCAUCUUCGGCCUCGAUCGCUUCACCUCUGCUACAGACGUGGUCUCUGUCAUGAAGUCGGUCUUUUCUCAAGUUCAUCUGUGGAGGUGGGAAAGCGCUGUGCUCGGCUGCUGCUUCCUCUUCUUCCUUCUCCUCACCCGUUUCUUCAGUAAGAGAAAGCCGAGGUUCUUCUGGGUCUCAGCGGCUGCUCCCUUGACUUCUGUGAUUCUUGCGACCCUUCUGGUCUACGUCACUCACGCAGAAAAUCAUGGCGUCCAAGUGAUUGGGCACCUGAAGAAGGGGCUGAAUCCACCUUCAGUGACGAGCUUGACCUUCACGUCGCCAUAUCUCACUGUGGCACUUAAGACCGGCAUCGUCACCGGCAUAAUUGCCCUCGCAGAAGGGAUUGCUGUAGGAAGAAGCUUUGCUAUGUUCAAGAAUUACCAUAUCGAUGGCAACAAAGAGAUGAUAGCAUUUGGGACGAUGAACAUUGUGGGCUCGUUGACCUCGUGCUACUUAACGACUGGGCCGUUCUCGCGGUCAGCCGUCAACUACAACGCCGGCUGCAAGACGGCGAUGUCGAACGUGGUGAUGUCGGCGGCGGUGAUGGUCACUUUGCUGCUCUUGACCCCGUUGUUUCACUACACCCCUCUGGUCGUCCUCUCGGCCAUCAUCAUGGGCGCCAUGCUCGGCCUCAUCGACUACGAGGCGGCCAUCCACCUGUGGCGCGUCGACAAGGUCGACUUCUGCGUGUGCUUGGGCGCCUACUUGGGCGUCGUCUUCGGCAGCGUCGAGAUCGGACUAGUCAUCGCCGUGGCUAUCUCUUUGCUGAGGGUUUUGCUCUUCAUUGCGAGGCCAAGAACUACUGUCCUCGGCCACAUCCCCAACUCGAUGGCGUACCGGAGAGUCGAUCAGUAUCCGAUGGCACAGAGCGUUCCCGGAGUUCUUAUCCUCUGCAUUGAUGCUCCAAUCAACUUCACCAACGCUAGCUACUUGAGAGAGAGGAUAUCGAGGUGGAUCGAUGAGGAGAUGGAGAGCUCCGAGGGGAAGACGAGUUUACAGUACUUGAUCUUGGAUUUGGGAGCUGUGGGUGGUAUCGACACCAGUGGAAUUGGCAUGCUAGAAGAGGUCAAGAAGGUCAUCGACAGACUUGGCAUCAAGCUUGUGUUGGCGAACCCGGGGAGCGAGGUGAUGAAGAAGCUGGACUCGUCGAAGGUGCUGGAAACCAUUGGGCACGAGUGGAUCUUCCUCACUAUCGCGGACGCAGUCGCGGCCUGCGACUUCAUGCUGCACACGUGCAGGCCCGACGAAGUGUCCUCGUGCGAGAAUUCGGUUUGAGUGAUUUGAAACGAAGGAGUCGAGAUGAUGAGGUUGGUGCAGGGUGAGUCAGAGACUUCGGAUAGGAAUUGUUUGCCGAUUGCAAAAUUUUGGUACCAGUCACAGAGAGACAGAGAGCUGUAGAUAUGGAUGUUGCAGCAUUUAUGAUGGUCGAGUUUGACACGAAUCAUGAAUGAACAAUAUCUCUGUGUUAA